GGAGGCGCUGGCGCGGCUGGAGCAGCCGCGGACGAGACCUGCUGGCAGCUGGUCUCGACGAAGCCCGACAAAGCUUGGGCGAACAUCGCGCAAGGCGUGCUGAAGCUGGCUCGCCGCAGACGCAGGUGGCAUUGCGAGGGCGAAGCUCUCAAGAUAGUCAAG